AUGAGCUUGGGGCUGGAGGGGUCGUUGGAAGCCCAGCUGGCCCUGGAGACGGUUAUCCAGACACUGGAGAGCAGUGUCCUGGGGCCGGGCCAGGAGACGGGCCUGAGUGUACAGGCCCCGGCCCAGGACUGUCAGCCCACCUGCCUGUCCGCCCGCGUCAGGGAGAUCGUCACCCGCAACCUCUCCCAGCCUGAGAGCCCAGCCCUGCUGCCGGCCACCGAGAUGGCAUCGAUGAUGUCGCUGCAGGAGGAGAACCAGUUGCUGCAGCAGGAGCUGUCCCGUGUGGAGGACCUGCUAGCCCAGAGCCGGGCCGAGCGCGACGAGCUGGCCAUCAAAUACAAUGCGGUCAGCGAGAGGCUGGAGCAGGCUGUGCGGCUGGAGUCUGGGGAGCUGGAAACGCAGGAGCCCAGGGGGCUGGCACGGCAGAGCGUGGAGCUGCGGAGGCAGCUGCAGGAGGAGCAGGCCUCCUACCGGCGCAAGCUGCAGGCCUACCAGGAGGGCCAGCAGCGGCAGGCCCAGCUUGUGCAGCGGCUGCAGGCCAAGAUUCUCCAGUUUAAGAAGAAGUGCUCGGAUCUGGAGCAGCAGCUGCUGGAGAGAUCCACAGAGCUGGAGCAGCAGAGGCUGAGGGACACAGAGCACAGCCGAGACCUGGAGAGCACCCUCAUUCGCCUAGAGGAGGAGCAGCAGAGGAGCGCCAGCCUGGCCCAGGUGAACGCUAUGCUCCGAGAGCAGCUGGACCAGGCGAGCUCGGCCAACCAGGCUCUGAGUGAGGACGUACGCAAAGUGACCAGCGACUGGACACGCAGCCGCAAGGAACUGGAACAACGGGAGGCUGCAUGGAGGCGCGAGGAAGAGUCCUUCAAUGCCUACUUCAGCAACGAGCACAGCCGCUUGCUUCUCCUCUGGAGGCAGGUUGUAGGGGUCCGGCGGCUGGUCAGCGACGUGAAGAUGUCCACUGAGAGGGACCUGCUGCAGCUGGGAGGGGAGCUGGCCCGGACUUCACGAGCUGUCCAGGAGGCGGGCCUGGGGCUGAGCACGGGCCUGCGGCUGGCCGAGAGCCGGGCCGAGGCGGCCCAGGAGAAGCAGGCACUGCUGCAGGCCCAGUUGGAGGAGCAGCUACGGGCCAAGGUGCUCCAGGAGAAGGGCCUAGCCCAGCUGCAGGUGCAAAGCAACCUGGAUAAGGCCAACCUCAGUGCCAGGGUGACAGAGCUAACCUUGACAGUGGAGUGCCUUCAGAAUCAGAAUCUGGAGAAGGAUCGAGUCAACAAGGCCCUCACGGAGAAGCUUGAGGCCCUGGAAUCCCUGCGGCUCCAGGAGCAGGCGGCCCUGGAGACAGAGGAGGGAGAGGGGCUGCAGCAGACUCUGAGGGAUCUGGCACAGGCAGUCCUAUCGGACAUGGAGAGUGGCGUCCAACUAAGCGGCUCCGAGCACACGGCCGAAGCGUCUGAGGGCAGCCUGCGGGGGCUCUCCGGCCCCCGGACCCCGUCCCCACAGCGACGCUCCUCUCCUGGCCGCGGCCGUUCCCCGCGCCGAGGCCCUUCCCCAGCCUGCUCUGACUCCUCCAUGCUCACCCUGAUCCACUCUGCCCUGCAUAAGCGCCAGCUACAGGUUCAGGACAUGCGUGGGCGCUAUGAAGCCAGCCAGGACCUCCUGGGUACGCUGCGGAAGCAGCUGAGUGACAGCGAGGGUGAACGCCGUGCCCUAGAGGAACAGCUGCAGCGUCUGCAGGACAAGAGCGAUGGGGCCACCCAGGCCCAGGAGGAUGCCCAGCGCGAGGCCCAGCGGCUCCGGAGCAACAUUGAGCUUCUUAGCAGGGAGAAGGUCAGCUUGGCCCACAGCCUGCAGGAAGCCCAGCAGCAGGCUGAGGAGCUGCGGCAGGAGCAGGAGAAGCUGCAGGCGACUCAGGAGGAACUGCGUCGUCAGCGGGACCAGCUGGAGGAAGAGCGGGAGGACACGGUGCAGGACAGCACUCGGACACGCAGGGAGCUGGAGCGUAGCCAUAGACAACUAGAGCAGCUGGAGGUGAAGCGCUCAGGGCUGGCGAAGGAGCUGGUGGAGGUGAGGGAGGCACUGAGCUGUGCCACGCUGCAGCGGGACAUGCUGCAGGCUGAGAAGACCGAGGUGGCUGAGGCACUGACCAAGGCCGAAGCUGGCCGCGUGGAGCUCGAGCUGUCCAUGACCAAGCUGAGGGUGGAAGAGGCGUCUCUGCGGGAUUCCUUGUCCAAGCUGAGCGCCCUCAACGAGAGCCUCGCCCAGGACAAGCUGGGGCUGAACCAACUUGUGGCCCAGCUGGAGGAGGAGAAGGCAGCCCUGCUAGGCCAGCAGAGGCGAGUGGAGCAGGAGGCCACCUUGGCACGGGAGGAGCAGGAGCGGCUGGAACAGCUGCGGCUGGAGCAGGAGGUGGAUCGGCAGGGCCUGGAGGGCUCCCUGCGGGUGGCAGAGCAGGCCCGGGAGGCCCUGGAGCACCAGGUGCCCACAUUGCGCCAGGAGCGCUGCCGGCUGCAGGAGCAGCUGGCCCAGCUCUCCCGACAGCUGAAUGGGCGGGAGCAGGAGCUGGAGCAGGCACGGCGGGAGUCGCAACGGCAGGUGGAGGCGCUGGAGCGGGCGGCCCGGGAGAAGGAGGCUCUGGCCAAGGAGAGGGCUGGCUUGGCGGUGCAGCUGGCGGCAGCUGAGCGUGAAGGCCGGACCCUGUCGGAGGAGGCCACACGCCUUCGCUUGGAGAAGGAAGCCCUGGAGAGCAGCCUGUUUGAGGUGCAGCGGCAGCUGGCCCAGCUCGAAGCCCGCCGGGAGCAGCUGGAAGCUGAUGUGCAGGCCCUGCUGCUGGCGAAGGAGACGCUGACUGGGGAGCUGGCAGGCCUGCGGCAGCAGAUGACAACUACAGAAGAGAAGGUGGCUCUGGAUAAGGAGCUGAUGGCCCAGAAGCUGGUGCAGGCUGAACGGGAGGCCCAAGCGUCUCUGCGGGAGCAGCGGGCAGCCCACGAGGAGGACUUGCAGCGACUCCAGCGAGAGAAGGAGGCGGCAUGGCGGGAGCUGGAGGCAGAGCGGGCCCAGCUGCAGAGUCAGCUGCAGCGGGAGCGGGAGGAGCUGCUGGCCCGGCUGGAGGCCGAGAAGGAAGAGCUGAGUGAGGAGAUCGCUGCCCUACAGCAAGAACGUGACGAAGGCCUCCUCCUGGCCGAGAGCGAGAAGCAGCAGGCCUUGUCCCUGAAGGAGUCCGAGAAGACGGCGCUGUCAGAAAAGUUGAUGGGUACACGGCACAGCCUGGCCACCAUCUCGCUGGAGAUGGAGCGACAGAAGCGAGAUGCUCAGAGCCGGCAGGAGCAGGACCGGAGCACCGUGAACGCCCUGACGUCUGAGGUGCGGGACCUACGGGCUCAGCUCGAGGACGCUGCUGCGGCCCACGCCCAGGAAGCGAAGAGGCUGCACGAGCAGGCCCGAGACCUGGGCAGGCAGCGGGAGUCCUGCGUGCGCGAGGCAGAAGAGCUCCGGACUCAGCUGCGCCUGCUGGAGGAGGCCCGCGACGGGUUGCGGCGGGAGCUGCUGGAGGCCCAGCGCAAGGUGCGCGAGAGCCAGGAUGGCCGUGAGGCCCAACGCCAGGAGGCAGGCGAGCUGCGGCGCAGCCUAAGUGAGGGUGCCAAGGAGCGCGAGGCCCUGCGGAGGUCCAACGAGGAGCUGCGGGCUGCCGUGAAGAAGGCUGAGAGCGAGCGGAUCAGCCUGAAGCUUGCCAACGAGGACAAGGAGCAGAAGCUGGCGCUGCUUGAGGAGGCACGGGUGGCCGUGGGCAAGGAGGCUGGGGAGCUGCGAGCUGGGCUGCAAGAGGUGGAGCGCUCACGGCUGGAGGCUCGGCGGGAGCUGCAGGAGCUCCGGCGGCAGAUGAAGAUGCUCGACAGUGAGAAUGCCAGGCUGAGCCGGGAGCUGGUGGAGCUGCAGGGUCGCCUGGCACUGGGUGAGCGGGCAGAAAAGGAGGGCCGACGGGAGGCCCUGGGCCUCCGACAGAAGCUGCUGAAGGGUGAGGCCAGCCUGGAGGCCAUGAGGCUGGAGCUCCAGGGAGCUCAACGGAAGCUGCAGGAGCAAGAGGGCGAGUUCCGGGCCCGGGAACGAGGCUUGUUGGGAUCCCUGGAGGAGGCGCGUGGCACUGAGAAGCAGCAGCUGGGCCAUGCCCGCAGCCUGGAGCUGAAGUUGGAGGCAGUGCGGGCCGAGGUCGCGGAGCUGGGGCUACGGCUGAGCGCGGCCGAGGGCCGGGCGCAAGGCCUAGAGGCCGAGCUGGCCCGCGUGGAGGCGCAGCGGCGCACAGCCGAGGCCCAGCUGGGCGGCCUGCGCUCGGCCCUGCGCCGGGGCCUGGGCCUCGGCCGCGCACCCAGCCCUGCCCCGCGGCCGGUGCCGGGAUCUCCCGCCCGGAGCGCGCCCGCGGGAGGAAGUGGGGAAGGGCUCAGCAGCCCCAGCCCCUUGGAACACAGCCCUGGAUCUGAGCCACCAUCCCCACGACCUGCUACCUCCCCGACGUCUCCAGACCUGGAGCCGGAGGCGGUGCGGGGGGCCCUUCGGGAAUUCAUACAGGAGCUGCGGAGCGCCCAGAGAGAACGGGAUGAGCUUCGGGCCCAGACGAGUGCCCUGAGUCACCAGCUGGCUGAGAUGGAGGCCGAGAGGGACAGUGCAACCUCGCGAGCAAGGCAGCUGCAGAAGGCUGUGGCCCAGAGUGAGGAAGCCCGGCGCACCGUGGAUGGGCGGCUGAGUGGGGCCCAGGCAGAGCUGGCCCUGCAGGAGGAGAGCGUGCGUCGCAGUGAGCGGGAGCUCCGGGCUGCGCUGGACCAGGUGGCCGCCCUGGAGAGGAGCCUGCAGACCACUGAGAGUGAGCUCCGUGCCAACCAGGAGAAGAUCAGCAAGAUGAAGGCCAACGAGGUAAAGCUGGAGAGUGACAAGCGGCGCCUGAAGGAGGUACUGGACGCCUCUGAGAGCCGCACCAUCAAGCUUGAGCUGCAGCGGCGCUCGCUCGAGGGGGAACUGCAACGCAGCCGCCUGGGCCUGAGCGACCGUGAGGCCCAGGCCCAGGCCCUCCAGGAUCGGGUGGACUCCCUGCAGAGACAGGUGGCAGACAGUGAGGUGAAGGCGGGGACUCUGCAGCUGACAGUGGACCGGCUGAGCGGGACCUUGGCCAAGAUGGAGGAGAGCGAAGGAGCCCUGCGUGACAAGGUGCAGGGUCUGACGGAGGCCCUGGCCCAGAACAGUGCCAGCCUCACCAGCACCCAGGACAAGAAUCUGCAACUGCAGAAGGCCCUGAAGGCCUGUGAACAUGACCGCCAAGUGCUCCAGGAACGGCUGGAGGCUGCUCGGCAGGCGCUGUCUGAGGCCCGGAAGCAGAACAGCUCCCUGGGCGAGCAGGUGCAGACAAUGCGGGGCGAGCUGGCAGACCUGGAGCUGCAGCGGGUGGAAGCUGAGGGCCAGCUGCAACAGCUGCAGGAGGUGCUGCGGCAGCGACAAGAGGCUGAGGCUGCAGCCCUGCACAAGGUCCAGAAGCUGCAGGACGAGCGGCAGCUGCUGCAGGAGCGCCUGGGAGGCCUGCAGCGUGGGUUGGCUCAGCUGGAGGCCGAGAAGCGGGAGGUGGAGCGGUCAGCCCUGCGGCUGGAGAAGGACCGGGUUGCGCUCAAAAAGACACUGGACAAGGUGGAGCGGGAGAAGCUGCGCAGCCAUGAGGACACAGUGCGGCUGAGUGCAGAGAAGGGCCGCUUGGACCGCACGCUCACAGGGGCAGAACUGGAGCUGGCCGAGGCCCAGAGGCAGAUCCAGCUGCUGGAGGCCCAGGUGGGGGCACUGGAGCAGGACCAUAGCCCCGUCCGGCUGGAGGUGGAGCAGCAGCAGUUGGAGCUGCAGCAGGAGGUGGAGCGCCUGCGCAGUGCCCAGGUGCAGACGGAACGCACCCUGGAGGCGAGGGAGCGGGCCCACCGGCAGAGGGUGCGUGGGCUGGAGGAGCAGGUAUCGACUCUGAAGGGACAGUUGCAGCAAGAGCUUCGAAGGAGCUCAGCAUCCUUCUCCCCUGCCUCCGGCCCCCCGGAGAAAUGAGUCCCUUCCCAGCUGGUGUCCUGGAGAGCAGCCCCGUGGCUCGGGCAGGAGAGGGACCUCCUCGCUAGCACAGUCCACUCAGAGACUGGGCCUGUUGGGGCCUCCAAAGCUCCCCUGGGGGUGAAGAGGAGCCAGGUGGGCAGUUCUGCAAGGCGAGGCCUCGGUGCCAGGCCAGGACCACCGUGGCUUCCCGGUGACAUCAGAGCAACCCGCCAUCUGUGGGCACCACCUUGGUGCCCACCAAUGAGUCACUUCAGAUUGUACAAGAUCCCUCCCGAGAGUGGCUGAGCCAAAGCCAGGGGUCAGGGAGACCCCCUAAUCUCUGGCUCAUGGGAAAGAACAGGGGUGCCCAGGCCUAGGGCAGGGGUCAGCGACCCGGGCUCUGCCCUCGCUUCCCAGAGAUCUCUCCGCCUUAGUUCAGUGUUUGUCAGGAAUUCUUUGGAGUUCAGAGUCCCUGUAUUUUUAUACCUUUUUACAAUGUUAACUGUUCAGAACUGUUGUGUUUUUGCAACAAGACUC